GGGCGGCCGCGCGGCCCCGCCCGGCGCCCACCGCCCUGCCCUCGCCUGUCUCCUCCUUUCCCCGGGGCUCCGCUGAGUUCAUUCACUGGGAUUGGUUUCAAGUGACGCCAUCUCUUUAUUUUUAAACCAAUGACCUCAUCCGCGCUUGAAGUUUCCUGACCAGCGACUCUUUCUCUUUCCCCCCAACCCCCCACCCCACCCCCCCGCCUUUCCCCCUCUUUCUGCGUAUCGCUGUUUGGGGGGCUUUCACCAGUUUUUAAACGAUUAUUAUCACCUCUCCCUCCCCCCUCCGCUUUCCCCACGCGGCCCCCCACCUUCACCUCCCCAAGUUCUUCACCCCUUUCAACAUUGUUUUUUCAAGGCUGAUGGGGGGGUAGUGGAAGAGAAAGAGUAAAGAAAAGUUGCAAACGUCUCUUCUCUGCCUAAGCCUCCCGCCCCCACCCACCUCGCAGAGAAGGAGAAGAUAAUAUAGUGAAAAGAAGAGGAGGAGGAGGAGAGCGCGACGGGACGGACGCGGGCGCGAGCGCAGCCUCCCUCCCGGCUCCGCGGCGGCGCCUCGCCAGUCCGGGAGGCGCGGGGGCCCGAGGGGAGACGUCGUGACAACUUUCGUUUCCCCCAGACGGCGUCGGGAGGUCGGCGGCCCCCAAAAUGAGGAAACUAAGACCUUAGAGAGACUGAGUAAUUGAUCCAAAUCCCAAAGCAAGUAAGAAGUGGUGCUAGAACUGGAGCUGAAAUCUGCUGACUCCUUCUCAGGCUUUUCAGUUCAGUGCGAAGCUGUCAGAGCGAGGGAGCAAAGGUAAAGAAUGAUGUAAUGCACUGGCCGCCCCAAAGCAUCUUUUGUUGUGGCAUGGUUAUUCCAGUCAUCUCUUUAUGAAUCAGAUGUGAGGGGCUGCUUUGUGGAAGGAGCCCUUUGCAAGAGCACAUCAGCGGGAAAGAGAAAGAGACAUUCACUUGGAGGGCUCUUGCUGAAAAUGGGUUUAACUCUGCUUUUGCCAGUCACCACCAGCCUGACCUCAUACAGUUGUAGUACAAUGGAGUGGCUGAGCCUUUGAGCACACCACCAUUACAUCAUCGUGGCAAAUUAAAGAGGGAGGUGGGAAAAGAGGACUUAUUGUUGUCAUGGCCCAUGAGAUGAUUGGGACUCAAAUUGUUACUGAGAGGUUGGUGGCUCUGCUGGAAAGUGGAACGGAAAAAGUGCUGCUAAUUGAUAGCCGGCCAUUUGUGGAAUACAAUACAUCCCACAUUUUGGAAGCCAUUAAUAUCAACUGCUCCAAGCUUAUGAAGCGAAGGUUGCAACAGGACAAAGUGUUAAUUACAGAGCUCAUCCAGCAUUCAGCGAAACAUAAGGUCGACAUCGAUUGCAGUCAGAAGGUUGUAGUUUACGAUCAAAGCUCCCAAGAUGUUGCCUCUCUGUCUUCAGACUGUUUUCUCACUGUACUUCUGGGUAAACUGGAGAAGAGCUUCAGCUCGGUUCACCUGCUUGCAGGUGGGUUUGCUGAGUUCUCCCGCUGUUUCCCUGGCCUCUGUGAAGGAAAGUCCACUCUAGUCCCUACCUGCAUCUCUCAGCCUUGCUUACCUGUUGCCAACAUUGGGCCAACCCGAAUUCUUCCCAAUCUCUAUCUUGGCUGCCAGCGAGAUGUCCUCAACAAGGAGCUGAUGCAGCAGAAUGGGAUUGGUUACGUGUUAAAUGCCAGCAACACCUGCCCCAAGCCCGACUUUAUCCCCGAGUCGCAUUUCCUGCGAGUGCCUGUGAAUGAUAGCUUUUGUGAAAAGAUUUUGCCGUGGUUGGACAAAUCAGUCGAUUUCAUUGAGAAAGCGAAAGCCUCCAAUGGGUGUGUCCUCGUGCACUGUUUAGCUGGGAUCUCCCGCUCCGCCACCAUCGCUAUUGCCUACAUCAUGAAGAGGAUGGACAUGUCCUUAGAUGAAGCUUACAGAUUUGUGAAAGAAAAAAGACCUACUAUAUCUCCAAACUUCAAUUUUCUGGGCCAACUCCUGGACUAUGAGAAGAAGAUUAAGAAGCAGACUGGAGCAUCAGGGCCAAAGAGCAAACUCAAGCUGCUGCACCUGGAGAAGCCGAAUGACCCUGUCCCUGCGGUCUCAGAGGGUGGACAGAAAAGCGACACGUCCCUCAGUCCACCCUGUGCCAACUCUGCUACCUCAGAGGCAGCAGGGCAAAGGCCUGUGCACGCUGCCAGUGUGCCCAGCGGACAGCCAUCACUGUUGGAGGACAGCCCGCUGGUACAGGCGCUCAACGGGCUCCACCUGGCCUCAGACAAGCUGGAAGACAGCAGUAAGCUCAAGCGUUCCUUCUCUCUGGAUAUCAAAUCCGUUUCGUACUCAGCCAGUAUGGCAGCGUCCUUGCAUGGUUUCUCCUCAUCAGAAGAUGCUCUGGAAUAUUACAAACCUUCCACCACUCUGGAUGGGACCAACAAGCUAUGCCAGUUCUCUCCAGUUGAGGAAGUAUCAGAGCAGACUCCAGAAACCAGUCCCGAUAAGGAGGAAGCCAACAUCCCCAAGAAACCUCAGACUACCAGGCCUUCAGAUAGCCAGAGCAAGCGAUUACACUCAGUAAGAACCAGCAACAGUGGUGCCACCCAAAGGUCCCUCUUAUCUCCGCUGCAUCGAAGUGGGAGUGUGGAGGACAACUACCACACUAACUUCCUUUUUGGCCUCUCCACCAGCCAGCAACACCUCGCGAAGUCUGCCGCAGGGCUGGGCCUCAAGGGCUGGCACUCGGAUAUCUUGGCUCCCCAGACCUCCACCCCUUCCUUGACCAAUAGUUGGUAUUUUGCCACAGAGUCCUCUCACUUCUACUCCGCCUCAGCCAUCUAUGGAGGCAAUGCCAGUUACUCCGCCUACAGCUGUAGCCAGCUGCCCACUUGCAGUGACCAAGUCUAUUCUGUGCGCAGGCGGCAGAAGCCAAGCGACAGAGCUGACUCGCGGCGAAGCUGGCACGAAGAGAGCCCCUUUGAAAAGCAAUUUAAACGCAGAAGCUGCCAGAUGGAAUUUGGAGAGAGCAUCAUGUCCGAGAACAGGUCGCGGGAGGAACUGGGGAAGGUGGGCAGCCAGUCCAGCUUUUCGGGCAGCAUGGAGAUCAUCGAGGUCUCCUGAGAAGAAAGGCUCUUGUGACUUCUAUGGACAGUUUUUUUCUUGUUCACAAAAAAUAUUCCCUGUAAAUCUGAAAUAUAUAUAUGUACAUACAUAUAUAUUUUUGGAAAAUGGAGCUAUGGUGUAAAAGCAAAAGAUGGAUCAACACCGUUGUUCUCUUAACAUCUGCAUUUGAGAGAUCUGCUAAUAUUUCUCCCAACAAAAGUGGAAGGGCAUAUGCUAGAUUCCCCCCCCAAACAGCUGAAACGGUUUUCUGCAAUGAAUUGCACAUCCUCUUGUGCUUACUGAAUCAAGUUCUAUUUGGUGUUGGAGACAGAAUCCCCUACCAGUUUCAUGUUGCGCUACAAAGAAAUCUCAAAUGCUAGUCUUUGUCCAGUCCCUUCCAUAGUGCACCUUAGCGCUGAGACUGAGCCAGCUUGAGGGUCGGGUGGGUAGACCCUAUUAGGGACAGAACCUAAUGGUAAAUCCAAGAGAAAUGAUCACAUCCAAAGCUGACUAACAAAUUCACGCUCACCUGACAGCUGAGUGAUACGAGCAUCAUUCUGCUGGACGGACCAUUAGGGGGCCUUGCCAAGAUCUCCUUUAGAGCAAACCCAGUACCUCAGACCGAAAGUCGGGCCUUUCACCACUCCCACGUCUGGUAGCCCGUGUUCUAGGCAUUGUGAAUAAUAGGUAGGUAGCUAGUCACACUUUUCAGACCAAUUUCAACUGUCUAUGCACAAAUUUCCAGUUGGGCCUGGAUGGAGGUAGUUCAGUUUUUCUUUCUUCUUCUCAGCUUUAUGAAGAAAGAGAAGGGAAACCAUCUGGGAUUCAAUUUAACAGCCAGGAAUCUGGCAGCAUAAUGAUUUAAGCUAAGGUUGGGAGGCUAAACAAGUCUACCUCCCUCUUUAUAAAUCAAAGAAUUGUUCAAAAUGGGAUUGUUAAUCCUUGAAGUAAAGAUUAACUUGGUUUCAAGCCCGAUGUGAAUUUACUUGGUAGCAGAACAGCAGCACCUUCAAGUUCUCAGCCAAAGUAGAUGUUUUUCAUUUGUUUCAUUGCACAGAUACAUUUUGUAAAAAUGUAACAAUAAGGCAGAAUUUUAUAGGAAACUACCAAGGAGGAGGAAGACUAUGGAAAGAUUCAAGAAGGUAAAAUUGCUGAGGAGAAGCAGGAAACGGUUCUUUUCUUGAUGGGUUUUUUCCCCUUAGCAAGUGAUGAGGGUGGUAUUUCUAUAAUUUCCUUAGACUUUCAGAUUUACCGAUAGGGUUGAGAGGCUUGAGUAAGCAAGGAAUGUUCAGAACCAAACAGUAUAGGGAGGUGAGGAGACGGCGGUUGGAUUUGUUUCAUUGUGAGCAGAGUGGAAAGCCACAGCCAAGCUAUUGUCAGAAACUGUCCCCAGCAUUUUUUUUAGUAGAAGGGACAUAUCAGAAUGGAGCGGGACCAAGGCCAUCUCUCAGCCCUUGACCUACAAUCACUGUAUGGAAUCAAUCCUGGCAGCUGAAAUGGGCGGUGAUUAGAACAAGUACACAAGUGAUAGUAUGUAUCUGCUUUUAAACUUCCUGGCUUGAGUUCUGUCAACAGUGUGGUCCUCUAAUGAAGCCUUAAUUCAUGUCAGCAGCUUUUUGGAGGUGGGGGGUGGUGGUAUCAUUGUUCUUUACUGUCAGUGUAGCUAGUUGCUGACUCAUAUCUCAGGUUUUUCUAUGUUUGAGAAAUGGACAGUCCUUUGACUAGCAUGUGACUUCAUGUUUCCUAUGGUGACUGCUAAAACCAGCACAGAAUGACAUGAUUCAAAACUGACUUGAUCACGACGACGAUGACCCUCACUGAACUGGUCAUGCACAAGUCACGUACUGUGAGGUGGGUAUCAAGUGAGGGCAGAAAGAGGGUAACUGAGCGCAUUGUUACCAUAUUGAAAAAGUUCUGUUAAAUGAUAAGUUGGUUUUUCUAUAUACAUUUAAAUUUUGGAUGUAAUCAGACAUUCUCAAGGUUUCACACAGCAAUUUUUGAUGUGUUGUGUAUAUGCACACCAAAUGGGUAACAGCUCACUGUUUCCAGAGUCUGGUCACAACUGUCAAACAUUGUUAAGAAAUGAAAGCAAUAGCUCUAAUGUUAGUAUGUUUCAGGAGGGUUGGGGACGUGGUUUUCAUGAGAUCUUUGGGCAGCAGUUUGCCUUCCAUCAUUUGGGCUUUCUCUUGGCCACGGUCCCCUUCCUUCCUGUGACUGUGAUGUAGUCAGACACUACAACCCGUAGUCCUUGAUUGCUAAUGUCAAAUAAUCAGUUCUCGGAAUCAAGACUACCCUGCAGAAGGGCAGCCUCAGCGCAGCCCUGGAGCUGCUUGGGGCGUCUGCAGGCCGUGUGGGGUUGGCCUCUUCAGCACGUAAUCGUGGGGAGGCCCUGGAGUCUACUAGGAUGAUACAGAAUGGUCAUUUUAAAGAGCAAAACUAGACUUCUAUGUGAGAAAUGCUGGAAAAUGGUUUAGGACAUUUGUAAAAUUAGGUGGAAAGACUGUAUAAAUGUUUAAUAUGAAUAUAGUGUUCUUUGGGAGUAUGGCAAGCUGUUGAAUGGUUAAAUUGUGCAUUUCUCAUUUUGAUGUGUCAUGUAUGUUAAUAUGAUGAAAUAAAAUCAAAACUGGUACCUGUUUAUACA